AUCUAUACUGGCUGGAUCCGAUACUGGGCUCAUUUUGCUCGAGCGUAUCCAUAGAUGGCUCCAUGGCAGAUUCCGCUUCGUCACAUAUUUUGUUGAAUGCCUCAUCCACAACCUCUAUCAGUCUCCUCACAGGUUACUGAAUCAAUUCAUCGCUAAUUCGACCGGCUAUCUACCCUCUGAUGCUGAGAGCUUUGUCGCGAGCGAGAGGCCAUCGGGCGCGCUCCUCGCCACCGGUUUUCCGAUCAGCAGCAUCCAGUUCGAUGACUUACGCCAGUCUGACCCGUCAAAUUAUCAGCUAAUCGCCACCACCGUGCGGAGCAUCAUUUUUCAUACGUUGAUCCGCUCCUCGACACCACUAGUUGUCGGAAAGGAACAUGCCCCGAAACUCGUCGCGAUGGGUCUUGCUCGCUACAAAGACAAGAAAGGCAUACAGUCGUUCACUCUGGAACCCGAAUCCGCAAUCCAGGAACCUAGCGACCACCUUACUGGCCCUACUUUAUCAUCUGCUGGAGCCAAGAAGAAACAUACUUCGUCUUCUGCUAAACCCAAGAACAACAAUGAUGCAUCGGACGACGUGCCGACAAUCGACGAGCCUCUCAUUCUUCUUCAUCUGGCGUCUUAUUACAACAGUCAAGAGGAUCUCCGCAUGUACAAAUUCUUCGGCGAAAGGAUACGCGAGACGUGGGUGAAACACAAUGGCUGGGAGAACUACGUCGCGAUAUGCAUGCUCAGGUUCUUCGCAGAAGAACGGCCACUCACCGAGCUUUUCGCAUUCGAGCAGCGGCGCACGGCGCGCGGCCGCCGGAUGAGGGAGACUCGCUUUAGCGGUAGGAGAGGCAAGAUCGUCGGUGUAGUGCCCCACAGCAGCCGCUCGUUCGUGGGAGUAGGUUGCCUGUCCGAGAACUUGGGUUUUUCUUGCGGCAACGGCAACCAACGUCCGCAGCCCAAUCUUGGGUACAGCAGCAGAACGGUUCAGGCUACGAGGAGAUGGGUCAAGACUGGCCAGGCCGGUGGUCUCCUCUUUCCCGACAACUCCAUGGGCCCCGACAUCCUCUUCUUGCUCCAGCUCGACAACGCUGAGCUGGUCUGGGUUGCAGUCCAGUGCAAGUACAAUACUCCUACGGCUCAGACCUUCGCACCAGCCACACAGGUCAAGAAGAGCUGCAUACGCUCAACGACACCCGAUUUUUAUUAUAUGCCCGACUCGGAGAUCAGGAUGGCGCAGGAUCACAUCGAGGCGAAUGAGAAUGAGCUUGUUGAUGCACUUCGCUCCGUCAAGCAACCAAGCGACAUUACCGGAGAGGUCGCAUCGCACACCGCAGAGACUCCCAUCCUCACACUUACAACGGCUAAGAACGGUGCGAUGUCAGAUAACAACACGGAAGCCGUCCAAGCUGACGUCGAUGGCGAGUCUGAACUCACUGCGCUGAGCGACUCCGACACCGAAUCCGACCCCGAAGACUACGUAUCGGAAGGCCUAUACGGGUAUCUGUUGGCGCCUCCUUCCACACCACGCAAGGACCAGGCGCAUCUGAGCGUCUCGUCUGGCAAGAGGCGUAUCGGCGAGACUUCCGCGACCGUCCAUGCGCCAGAGGAUGCGGAGAGGAGGAACAAGAAGUCCAGGGGGAAAUCGCGUCGAUGA